AUGUCGGCAGUUGCAUCAAAAAAUCUCUACGAGCUUCUCGGCAAUAACCACGAUGAAGACUCCGACAAGGAACCCGAGCCACCAGUGAAAGUCAUUGACAAGACUCCUGCGAGAACCACCAAGCGCAAUGCUCCAGCUGAGGCCCCGGCUUCCAAAGCUCCAGCAGCAACUGAUGGUCGCGGUGGUCGUCGUGGAGGAUUCAACGGCAACGAAGGAGCUUUCCGUGACCGCAAUGCUGGCAGUGCCAACAACCGAACAAAGCCUACAGAGGACGGCCGACAAGAUCGACCAGCUCGUGCUCAAGGCACUUAUGAUGGACGUGGAGGAGCCCGCCGCGGUGGCGCCCGUGGUGGUAAUAUGGAUCGUCACAGCAGAACCGUAGGGGGCGAGUUUGAGAAGCAAGCUGGCCAUGGCUGGGGAGCUAACAAAGGCGGAGCUGAGCUUGCUGACGAGCAAGCUGGCGAAGCUAUCGCCAACGCCGAAGCCAAGGAGGCUCUCGGUGGUGAUGCUGCUCCAACUGACAGUACUGUUGCCGAAGCGGAGGCUGAGCCAGAGGACAACCACAAGAGCUACGAAGAUUACUUGGCUGACCUUGCCGAGAAGAAGCUCGCACUCGGUGCUGGUAUCCCUGAAGCUCGUAAGCCAAACGAGGGCAGCAAGCAGGACAAGAAGUGGGCAAAUGCCAAGGCAAUUGCGAAGGAGGAUGAAGAGGACUUCGUUGCUGCUGCCGCUGGAAAGGCCAAGCGUGAGCGUGAGCGCAAGCAGAAGCAGACCAUCGAGCUCGAUCAACGCUUUGUCGAAGCCCCCGACCAGCGCAGCGGACGUGGGGGCGGAUUCCGUGGCGGACCAUCCCGUGGUGGACGAGGUGAAUUCCGAGGUGGACGUGGCGAAGGCCGAGGAGGACGCGGUGGACGUGGUGACGGCCCUUCAAGAGGGGGUCGUGGUGGCCCUGCUCGAGCACCCAUCAACACCAAUGACACCAGUGCCUUCCCAAGCCUGGGUGCAUAA